AUGGCACUCACAACAAUCCUCACGUUUCUCGCAUUCUCUGCAACCUCAGCAGCCACCUCCAUAACACCCCCAGAAGGCUGUCCCAUCCCCACCUGGACAGUCACCACCUUCAACUGGCACAACGGCUCCCACAGCCUCGACUGCAUCCACAACGAGGCAGACAAAAACACCCAAGGCUGCCUCUGCGGUCGCGGCUGGUGCGAGCCAAACCCCACAACUUGCAACGGCAGCAUGGUCCCCGUCUGCUACACCGGCAUGCCCAACUACGAGCCGUGGGGGUACGGACCCGCCCAAACCCUAGACAUCGUCUUCGAAGACGGCCUAACCUGCCACGACGAGUACAUCGGCUACCGCAUCCACGAUAUCGGGAAUGGCGCAAGCAACUGCGGGUAUUCAGAUCGGGGCGCAGGACGGAUCGUUUCAUUCUACGGCAGCUCGAACGAGGAGACGUCUGUUGGGAGGAUUGACUAUACGCUGGGUAGUGGGCAUGCGCUGACUUGUGCGAACGGAAGCCGCAUCACGUAUUCGGGAAGUACGGAGUUUGCGCUGAGCUGUGUUCACGAUGCGUUCUUCAAUGCGACAUGUACGGCAGAGGUGUUCGAGGUGCCUGUUUUGGACUACUCGUCUGUCGGUUGAUUCUGCUACAUUAGUGCUAUGAGGACAGCGAUGACUGGAUCAAGCUAGACAGAAUAGCCAUGUUGGGCCCAGGAGGAUCUGAAACCCAUAGUGAUGAAACUUAGGAAAGAUAACUGUAGACAAUGACUGGGUCAGUGAUGACAGGGCUCAGUACAAUACGUGGUCUAUGUCGCUCAGGUGACCAGGCAAUCAUUCACGUCAAAGCGUUAGU